GGGACUGGCGCCCACGGCCAUUAGGCGGUCCCAACGCUGGGUGGGGGCGGGGGAGUCUCGUCUCGGCUCUGCCCCCCUCCCCCCCCCGAGCCGGCUGACGGGGAGCCCGCGCAGCGAGAAGAGCGCAGCGGCCCGCAGAACCGGCGCGCGCCGGGCGUUCGGAGUGGAACGGUCUCUGCGGGGGCGUGGCCUGAGCUCCUGACCGCCGCCUCUCUUUCCCUGACCCCCCCAGCGGCGCCCUCUCUGCGCUUGCGCGGGGGGCAUCUGCCGGGGGCGCCGCGUGCGCUUUGGUUGCCCCUGCCGGCCGGAAGUUGCGCUGCCUUCUCGAGUCUUCCUGUCAACAUGGCCGCGGCGAGCGGGCGGCGCCGGCUCAUCUGGGCAGCAGCUGCUGCACUUGUCUUGACUUUAGAUGCAGCUUUUGUGGAAGACUUAGAUGACUCGUUUAAAGACAAUCGUAAAGAUGACAUUUGGCUUGUAGAUUUCUAUGCACCUUGGUGUGGCCAUUGCAAGAAAUUGGAACCUGUGUGGAAUGAAGUUGGUAUAGAGAUAAGAAGCAGUGGGUCUCCAGUAAAAGUUGGGAAGAUGGAUGCGACUUCCUAUUCUAGUAUUGCCUCUGAAUAUGGAGUUAGAGGUUAUCCAACAAUUAAACUCUUAAAAGGUGACAUGGCAUACAACUAUAGAGGACCUAGAACCAAAGAUGAUAUAAUUGAAUUUGCUAACAGAGUAGCAGGGCCUCUUAUCCGGCCACUUCCUAGCCAGCAAAUGUUUGAACAUGUGCACAAGAGGCAUCGCGUACUUUUUUUGUAUGUUGGUGGGGAAUCUCCUUUAAAGGAGAAGUACAUAGAAGUUGCUUCAGAACUAAUUGUCUAUACAUACUUUUUUUCUGCCUCAGAAGAGGUGCUACCUGAGUAUGUGACACUGCCUGAAUUGCCUGCUGUUGUGGUCUUCAAAGAUGGAACUUACUUUGUAUAUGAUGAAUAUGAAGAUGGUGAUCUAUCAUCUUGGAUAAACCGAGAGAGAUUCCAAGCGUAUCUUAAUGUAGAUGGGUUUACACUCUAUGAACUUGGAGAUACAGGAAAACUUGUGGCGAUUGCAAUUAUUGAUGACAAAAACUCUUCAGCUGAGCAUACCAGGUUAAAGUCUAUUAUUCAAGAAGUCGCUAAAGAUUACAGAGAUCAUUUUCACAGGAACUUCCAAUUUGGCCAUAUGGACGGUAACGACUAUAUUAAUAGCUUACUAAUGGAUGACUUAACAAUCCCCACUGUUGUCGUAUUGAACACUUCCAACCAACAAUAUUUUCUACCAGAUAAACGCAUUGAGAGUCCUGAAGACCUGGUUCAGUUCAUUAAUAACAUCUUAGAUGGUACAGCCGAAGCACAAGGUGGUGAUGGAUUUCUGCAACGAAUCAAGAGAAUAAUUUAUGAUGCCAAGUCUACUAUAGUGUCUGUAUUCAAGAGUUCUCCACUUCUGGGCUGCUUUCUCUUUGGUCUGCCACUGGGUGUCAUUAGCGUCAUGUGUUAUGGAAUCUGCACAGCUGAUACCGAUGGAGGUAUAGAGGAAAAUGAGACAUCUAAAAAGGAAACUGGAGAUAGGGAACUUACAGAUGAAGGCAGUGAGGAAGAACAAGAGCAGGAAAACAAAGAAAAAUCUGCAGAACUUUCAGGCGGAGAACAUGGACAGAAACAUAUAUUUGAUAAGAAAAAAGACUAAGUUGCCUAGUUUAAAAAAUUGUGUAGAAUUUCCAAAUAGCCUUAUUUAUUGAAGUGAGUCAUUUAAUGAUGAUCUUCACAGAAGAGGACCUUUUGUCUGUAUUUUGCUAGUUUUGACUUGCAUGUAUUCAAAUCUUCUUAUCAAAUACGGUUGGGGGAAGGUUGGGGACCCAAAUGCUUUCUUAAUUAUUUUUGAUUAACAUUUUAUUAUUCUGACUACUGUCUCUGAAGAUUAAUGUUCCUAAACUGUUUGUUCACAGGCAACAAUCAGGUAAAAUAUUCUAUACCCCUUUCUACAUGUGAUAAUCUAGUAACGUUGUGUCUGACAUAUAUCAGGAUCAUCUUUUUAUGUGAAUAGAAGUGGAAAAGUUGCAGGAAAGCUUAGAAUGAAAUACGUAAAUCUUACAGACCCUUCGAAAUUCUGAUGUCUAAAGAUGGCUUGAGCUUUCCAUAUAGACAUUCUUAUUUUAGUUACUGCACGUUGUUUUGAAAGAAAUACCUUUUGUACGUUUUAAAGUUAAAGAUAAUUUGUUAUUAAUUACAGAAGUGCUUUGUUAUAUGACAGUACUAAAAUCAGUUACUGGCAGUUUUCCACAGAAGUUGUGUUAAAUGCAAGACCCAAGAAAGAGUUUUUUAUUAAAAUAGUUCCUAAACAAGUAAAAAUUGUUUGGGGACUGCAUUGUAAAGAAGUUUUGUCAUGAGAAUGCUAGUCCUUGUUUGGGCUUUACAAGUAAAACUUAUUAAUUUUUUUUUCCGAGUGUAAAUUAUUUACAUAUUCUGAAAAAUCUGGGUGCAGCUUGAUAGUGGAAGAAUAAAUAGAAGCAUCCUCAGUCGGUUAAUCCUCUCAUACAGUUCUGCAAGGAACUUUAACCAAAUACAUUUUCAAAACUUUUUUUGAAUGGUUUGAUUCACAUUAAUCUUAGGUUUCAGAGUAGCAGCCGUGUUAGUCUGUAUUCGCAAAAAGAAAAGGAGUACUUGUGGCACCUUAGAGACUAACAAAUUUAUUUGAGCAUAAGCUUUCGUGAGAUGAAGUGAGCUGUAACUCACGAAAGCUUAUGCUCUAAUAAGUUUGUUAGUCUCUAAGGUGCCACAAGUACUCCUUUUCUUUUUAUUAAUCUUAGGCUAUGUCUACACUGGCAAAGUUUUUUCGCCAAGAGCUUAAAGAAAACUGCUGUUGUGUGUUCACAUUGUCUUCCACUGGCGGGAUAGCAUGCUCACACUUGCGGCACUUGCAUCGCCAAUGAGAGCAGUGCACCGUGGGUAGCUAUAUCACGGUGCAGCUCUCUCCCUUCUGCCACUAGGUUUUGUAGGAAGGUGGAGGGGAUCGCAGCAGAUGAAGCUUCAGUGACCGAUGAUGCACUGCUUUCCGUCCCAGCAUUCCAUGUGCUUCCGUCUUCAGUUGGCAGCAUUUUUCAACGUCCCUUGUUUUCUGCUUUCCCUGCCACAUCUAUCUGCAGGAAUGGAUCCUGCACUGCUCUCCACUGCUCUGCUAGUUCUCACUAGCACAUUGCAAGUGGCAGUGGAGUUAUUCUUGAAGUUACAAAGGCAGCAGCAGUUACAAUUGCCUGACGCGGUGUCCGACAUGCAAAGCAGCAACAUUAGAUUGCUUUUGACAUUCACAGAGGAACUGAACACAGAGGAACGUCGCUUUUGGACUCGGGAAACUAGAACACAGAGUGGUGGGAUUGCAUUGUUAUGCAAGUCUGGGAUGACAAGCGGUGGCUGCAGAACUUUCAGAUGCCCUGGAACUGUGUGCUGAGCUCGCCCCAGCCCUGCCGCGCAAGUACUCCCAAAUGAGAUCUGCCCUCUCGAUAGAGAAGCAUGUGACAAUCGCAGUGUGGAAAUUGGCUACUCACAAACUAGUUUGGAGUGGGGAAGUUGACUGUUGUGCCUGUGUUAACGCAAGUGUGCAUCCUGCUGCAAAAGACCGUGACUCUUGGCAAUGUGCGUGAAAUUGUGGAUGAUGUUGCAGUAAUAGGUUUCCCUAACUGCGGAGGGAAGAUAAAUGGCAUGCAUAUUCCAAUUCUGGCACCGGACCACUUUGCGAUCAGUCGGAAGGGAUACUUCUCCAUGUUUUUUCAGGCACUUGUGGAUUACAGUGGGCAUUUCGCUGACAUUAACGUGGGGUGGUCUGGAAAGGUGCAUGACGCAUGUAUAUUUAAAAACACUGGCCUGUACAGAAAGCUGCAAGCAGGGAUGUUCUUUCCAGACCAGAAGAUCACCGUAGGGAAAGUCCAAAUGCCCAUAGUGAUUCUAGGAGACUCUGCAUACCCCUUAAUGCCAUGGCUCAUGAAACCAUACACUGGAAACCUAGAUAGCAGUAAGGAGCUGUUCAACAACAGGCUGAGUAGAGUGGAGUGACCGUUGAAUGUGUGUUUGGCCAAUUCAGGGCACACUGGUGAUGCCUAAAUGGCAGGUUAAACCUGAAUGAGGAAAAUAUUUCCAUGGUUAUAGUUGCAUGCUGUAUGUUUCAUAAGAUUUGUGAAGGGAAGGGCGAAUGGUUUACUCAGAGGUGCACUGCCGAGGCAGAAUGCCUGGCUGCUGAUUUUGAGCAGCCAGAUACCAGGGCUAUUAGAGGGGUUCAACAACAAUCAGGGAUGCCAUGAGGCAACACUUCGAAGUUGAAAACCACUAAUGUUUGUUGCUAGGCUUGGGACUGCAAUGAUUAAUUACAUUUGGUAUGCUAGGAAGCAGUUGCGAUUGUUAAGACCUAGGAUUCAAUGUAAGGAACUAAUAAAAGUGCCUGUUAACUUCCAGGUGCCAUGAGGUGUCUAUCACACCUUGCAUGGAAACAAAUAAAGAGUGCUUAUAAUUCAAAAAACUUGGCUUUUGUUGCCAAAUAAACCACAACACCACAUGGACACAUACACACAGACACACUUUUGGUGGGGGGAGAAGGUACAGACGGGGGGAUGAUUUUCAUAGCUGAUUAUAGGUCCAGCUUUCAUUUGAAAAGCUGUCUGCGAGGAUAAAGUGUUGAGGAAAGCACCAAGUUCCAGAAAGGACUGUAGGGAGAGUUUGGGGAGUGCACGAGAAAGAGUUCUGCAUGUGCUGAAGGGGAGGGCGGGCACACAUCUGCUCAGUCUGCAGUGUAACAAGAGUCUGGAGCAUGUUUGUUUGAUGCUCCAGCACUCCAGCCUCUCUGUGGCAUCCCAAUUGUAAGAAUCCUUCUCGUUUUUUCUGUUUUUUGCUUUCCCUCCACUUCUUGCAUUCAGUGUUUUCUGCCUCUGACUGCUGCAGCACCACCUGAAACAUAUCUUCCUUAGUCCAUCUCGGCUGUCUUAUUAUCUUGUGCAGAUGCUCUGUUGCUGUUGGAGGGUUGGUUCUCAAGAUCAAGUCUGGAUAGGCAUAAUUAACAAUAAACAGAAGCACUGUUGUCAACUACACACGGAUCAUUGAAACAGUAACAUUAAUACACUGCUGGUAACAUAUCUAUCGCUCUUUUGGUGAUCCUAGGAAGCACACAUGAAGCAGAAGACCCCAUGAAUGGUGAGUGAAGCCAGGAGCAGAGGCCUUGUUUAUUGCAGAAAAGCAGUCUGAAAAGGUCGUGGGACACUUAUAGGGAGCAACACUCUAAAUUUUCCCACUAUAUUUCACGGGUGAUGGUCACUAUGGAAGAUCUCACUCCUGAGGGUAAACAGGGAAGCAAGGGUGGAUCUGCUACAUGCUUGCAGCUUCUACCCAGUCCCUAUGUUGCUUGCCUGUGUGCUCCAUGCCCAAGUAAUUGCAGAGUGAUGUGGUAAAGUGUCUCUCAAUCGGGGAAGGAACAAAAGCAGCUCUGCCAAGGUACCUCCGGCAGAGGAUUGCUGAGUACUUCCAGGAAAGUUUCCUAGAGAUCUCUCUGGAGGAUUCCCACGAAAUCUUGGCAUGCAUCAACUGCCUGUUCCAGCUAACUGUGCAGGGAAAUGCCCAGCACACAGAAACAAAGCCAGCCUUCUACAUUUCUCUGCCCUCAACCCGCUUCAGAAAUUCCCAAAGCAAGACCACUUACCAAGGGUCUCCUCUCCUGCUUCUGGCUCUCCAGAGAGCAAUUUCAGAAACUGGAGUGGAGGACAGCUCUUGACUGGGCUCCACAUCUUCUUCGGGCUCCACAUCUUCAUCAAUGACUUCCUCUGGGUUAGGUCCACUUCCCACUGGCUCCAGACCUGCCGAAGUAUCGACAGUGCUCUUUGCAGUGGAGGUGGGGUCGCCACCUAGGAUAGCGUCCAACUCCUUAUAAAAAUAACAGGUCUGGGGCACAGUACUGGAGAGACAAUUUGCUUCCCUCGUCUUGUGGUAUGCGUUCCUCAGCUCCUUCACCUUUGCUCUGUCCUGCAGCGUGUCCUGGUUAUAUCCUUUUUUGUGCAAGCUGCGCACAAUCUGGCCGUAGGUAUCAAAAUUCCUACAGCUGAAGCCCAGCAGAGGUUGGACAGCCUCCUCUCCCCAAACACUUAUCAGAUCCAGUAGCUCUGCAGUGGUCCAAGCGGGAAAUGGUUUGCUGCAUGGAGCCUCCAUGGUCAGCUGAGAAAAUGUGAUGUGAGCUCUGCACGCUGAGCAAACAGGAAGUAGAAUUUCAAAAUUCCCUUGGCUUUAAAGGGGGAGUGGCAGAAUGUUGUUUACCUGGCAUCAGGUCAGCAGAGUUGAAACUGUUGACCAGAGUGGUCAAGAUGACCGUCCGGAAGCCAAUAGCAAUGCUAAAAUCAAGCACGGUGUCUACACUGGCACUAAGGGGCCAAAGUCUCGGUGCAAAAGCCCAAUAACUCUCAUGGGGUGGUUUUAUUACAGCACUGCAACUGAGGAUUUUCAGCGCAAAAGUGGCUUUGCAACACGUACACCUCUGCUGUUUUGUCACCAAAAGCAUCCUUUGGAUGAAAAAACUUGCCAGUGUAGACCAGACCUUAAGUGCAGAUUGUGACUUAUUUUUAAAGAGAAAAACAUUUUAUUUAAACACAAAUUUUUGAGCAAGGGUUGGUGUUGAUACUUGCAUUUGAGACUACAAGUUGUAGAUGUGGAAGGAAAGUUAAUGGAGCCAUUGUUAGCACUGAUAGAAAGAGGAAUAUUUGUCAGUGGAAUGCAUUUUCGUUAGCUAUUUAAUCAUGAAAGUCAUUUUUAAUACAACCCGAUGACACUGAACAGGACUAAAUUUUCUCCAGAGUUGAGAUCUCAAGGGAUAACCUGUGGUUCUUUGGUUGGCAUUGAUGCCAUGGAGAUUUCCAUAGCAAACAAACUUAUGCUCCUCUUUCUCUCAGUACUGAAGCUAUAUAAGAUUCAGUUGGAUAAUGAGCCAGGAGUUUUUCCAGCUUUGAUGUUUUUAAAGGACAUAUUACAAUAUAAUUACAUAUUACAAUAUAAUAUAUAUAUAUAUAGUAAUGUCUUCUGUAUAAGGCAGCUUAAUCACUUAAUAUAUUACAUGCUAUAACACUGAAUUAACAGAAAUAGUUCUAAAUAAAAAUAUGGAUAAUUUUAAAUAGAAGAUUUUGUGUUGGUAUUAAUCUACAGGUAAAUUGAAUUUGAGACAACUGCAGCAUUCUUUUCCCUGUAGAAGAAAGUUGUUUAUUUUAAAAUAGUUUAGUAACAUCUGGCUUUGUGCAGAAGCAGCAGAGCAGAACACAAUAAACUAAAUGCAUGACUUGAGAGACUUUGCAGUGAAAGGGUGGCAGAUGAGUACAUCAUAGAGAUUAAGAACUUAUUUUCAGAAACUUAUUUUUCUGAACUUAUUUUCAGAAAGCUCAUUUUCUUUGAGCUGUGGUAACUGACAAAUUUGGAAUCCUGCAUUUUCAUUUUCUUUAGGAAAGAGAUUCUCCUACUGUCCCUUGAAACGACUAUCUUCCUGUAGAAGAGAGUACAUGAGUACUUUUACUUAGCAAAUAUAAAAAUUGCAGGUGUGUAGUAUGGCUCUUUUGCCUCCUCUCUCCCCCCAUAUGAAUUUCCUCUUUUCAUUUAUAAUAAAUAGAAAUACAUAUUUUAACUUUAGUUGUAAAUAGAAAAUUGAGUUAUCUUAUUAAACAUUUUUUUAAGCUGUGGAAGACUUUCCAGACCUUUUAGUCUUUGUUGUCUUACAUUUGAAGAGUGAGAAGCUUGUAGUUAUUUUAUAUUUUGUUUCAAAACUUCUUUAAACAUGGUGCAGGUACAGUUGUAUUAUGUUACAAAACACUUCACUUAAUAGCAGGCCACUUGAGUUUCCAGUAACUUUCAGUGUUGGCACAACUCAGUGCUAAAUAAUCAGAAUGUGAGUCUGAGCAGUGAGGAAUAUCUUGCUGCUUUAUCCGUUAUCUGUGAUUCUGCCUUUUUUAUUCCGCUGUGGAGAUUUCAGUUAAGAUACCUGUCUUUUCAGUUAGUUAUCGGAGUCUGAAUAUAUAAUUUUGUACAAGGUCAAAAGUCAAAGUGGCUUUUUUGGGACUUCUCUGCUCAUUGUGUUGUGUUUAGAAAAAAUCUAGAUUUUUUUUUUUAAAUCUUCCCCCCCCCCCCCAGAAUUCUGUUGCAUAGAAUUCAGUUUUAACCACCACCCCAUACGACUUAAUUUUCCAUAGUCUUAUUUUGUCAGUAGUUUCUGUUGCUACAAUAGUAGCCAAACACUUUGUUGAGAAAUGGUCUAGUGGGAAAUGGAACUGGAGAUAUCUACAUGCACCAGGAAAGACAGGACUCACUAGUGCCUGGUAUGGAACAUUAAGCUGCGAAAUUUCUGGUGGUUUGAUCAGUUAGACUUAAUAGAAGGGCACAUGUCUGUCAGUCACUUUAUGAAUUGUCAGGAUAACGAGAUGUGUACUAACCUACAAAAAUCCAAGCUUUAAAUGUACUGCCAUUUUCAUCAAGCUGUGCUCCCAUCUGUGUCUGCCUAGGAUGGGGAAAUCAGACAGAACUUGAUUAUAUUUAAAAUUCCCCUUUAGCUUGAAACAUGGGCAAAGACAGGCUUGUGGUGUAAAAUGAAAGGAUUUUCAUUUGAUCAUGUAAAGAAUUUAGUACACUGAGAGGUGGAACAGGUUUUCUAUUUUAUCUUGGAUGGAUGCAUUCUCUAAAGGUUUCUGAAGAUAACUUAAUAUACUAAUUUCUUGAGUGAAUGAAAUAAUGCUGCUGCUUUGAAAGUCAAGUGUAAGCCUUUGUUUUUCUACAAUAAAGAAAUUGAAAAGAU